UUCACGUGGUACGGCAUGGGCCACCUUUGAUCAAUCGGGAUCGACUCUCGCGUUUUUAGCCGCUCUCGAAAGGAUCAACAUUUUUAGUGAUUAAUUUUACAAAUGGGGUUUAGAUGCUUAAAUGUUGUGGCGCAUGAGUCGCUGGUCGCGAAGGAUUUGUGCGGUUUUAAGUGUUGAGCUUUCGUACUUAAUGGAUUGAUGCUCUAUUGGCAAAAUGUUGUUUAUGGAGCAGAUCAGGAGAAAGUGCGGGCCGAUUAUGGCGAUCGUCUGGUACAUCAUUCUGACUGUUUUCAACAUAAAUUCAACAGAGUCGGCUCGAAGACCGCAGAUAAACGGCACAUGGAUGCGAAUGGGGAUGAUAAUGGACGAAAUGAUGCAAAACGACCAGGGUCUUCCAGCAUGUAGCGCGCUGCCCGGUUUGAGCAGCGGUCAAAGCAGAAUGUGCCAGCUGUACAUGGACCACAUGAACGCUGUGGCUAUCGGAGCAAAGCAGGCACUGAACGAAUGCAAACAUCAGUUUCAGCACCGACGAUGGAACUGCUCGCUUUUGGACGACGUCAACGUCUUUGGGCCUGUUAUGUUGAUAAGUAGCAGAGAAAUGGCUUUCGCGCAUGCUCUGGCUGCCGCGGGGGUGGUCUAUUCCAUCUCUAGGGCAUGCCGUGACGGCCAGAUUACGAGUUGCGGAUGUUCGAGGAUGCGGAGGCCCAAAGAUCUGCGCAAGGACUGGGUAUGGGGAGGAUGUGGGGACAAUUUGGAGUACGGCUACAAAUUCGCCCAAAACUUCGUGGACGUCCGAGAAAAAGAAAGAAAAUAUAAAAAGGGCGGCAGAGACCAGGGAAGGGCACUCAUGAAUCUGCACAACAACGAAGCUGGAAGGAGGGCCGUUAUCAGAAAAGCAAAGGUUACUUGCAAAUGUCACGGCGUGUCCGGAUCAUGUUCCCUCAUUACCUGCUGGCAGCAGCUCGCCAACUUCAGGGAAAUCGGAGAUUAUCUUCGCGAAAAGUACGACGGAGCAACAGAAGUACGGGUCAAUAAACGAGGUCGACUUCAAUUGCGAGAUCCUCAAGUGAGCAUCCCUACGACCUACGAUCUUGUAUACCUGGAAGACUCGCCGAACUAUUGCGUCAAAGAUGACAUGAUCGGAUUACUGGGAACGCAAGGAAGGCCGUGCAACAGAAACUCACAGGACAUCGACGGUUGCAAUUUGUUAUGUUGCGGUCGUGGUUAUAAUACGCUAAAAAGCGUGGUUAAAGAACGCUGCAAUUGCGUGUUUAAGUGGUGCUGCGAGGUUCAAUGUAAAACGUGCGUUCACUCUCUAGAUCUGCACACUUGCAAGUGAAAGUCAACGCACUGACGGCCAGCCAAAAUCCUCAUUUGAUUUUGAUCUGUGUGUUUGUGUACAUUGUGUAAAGAUUCCGUUUCGUUUAGACUCGUAGAAUACCGUGUUUAUAGUUGCUUUUGGCGUCAAAUGUGUAAAUAUUUAUCUUUUUUAUUUUUAUACUUAACUUAUUAUCGCGCGUUUUCGAUUUUGGGUCAGUUUUCAAAAUAAGAUCUGAUUUUUAAAAACUUCUGUAACCCUGAUUGGGGUAACUGUGGCAACGACUUACCGAUUGUUACCUAGCAUUAAGAAAGUGCUUAAUGAGUGGACUGUAUAUUUUUUCUAUCAGUAUUUUAUAUGUUCUAUCGUAUUAGAGUAGGUAUUAUAGUAAUACAUCCUGCAGUAUUAUUUAUCUCGUUUGUACUUGAUAUUUAUUUUCUUAUCUGUACGUCAAAAAUAAAAAAUUAUAA